AUGGUAAAUAAUACGAGCGUCCGCAUGAAAGCCGCGGAGAUCUCGACCAAAGAGGAAGCGGUGGGGCUUGGCGUCAUGUGGUGGGGAAACAAGCUUGCGGAUGCGACAACUUGCUCCCCCACGCGCUUUGUUUCCCGGACCUUCGCUUCGGACCGGGCAUGUUCGACCUUUAAUCGCCUUCUUGAACUCGGCACAGACGCCCAAAUCCUCGCCAACAUGGCCUCUGACCCGCCGGAAGACGCCAUUGCCAACUUCGUCAGCUUUACGAGCACCACCCGCGAGCAAGCUAUCAACUUCUUGAAGGUGAAAGAUGCCUUAGCCAACAACCUCGACUCGCAAAAGGCCAUCAAUGCCUAUUUCGAAGACCCGACGGGUCCCCAUCCACAGAAUACCGGCUUCUACAAUGACAACAAUAGCCCAGGUUUCGGAUACGGCCAGCAAGACCAUGGUCCCCGAGUGCCGGCUACGGCUCCUCCCACUCGUCCCUCAUCUCGAACGAACAUGAUCGAUGCCUCGCAACCUCCGGAUUAUGAAAAGGCCACAACACCAUCUUCGCAGGGAAAUACUGGCAAUGCAGGCUCGGAUCAGAAGAUGAGCUUGGCUCAGCGCGAAGAACGAGAACUACAACAAGCGGUGGCGAUGUCCCUUAACCAGGGAAUGUCAAAACAGGAGACGGGAGUUACAAGGAGCAAAGAAGCGCACUUUGGUAAAGCGACGCGCGACGAAUAUGAUACAAAUGCAUGGGCGAUGACGUUAUUCAAUACGACCUCCGAAGAAGUCGUCUUGAGCCCCAACCCCGAGGACCGCAAGAGAAUAGCAGGUGAACCGGCUUUUAUCCGACCCUCUAACAACAACCUAUACCUUGGAGGAUUCCUCACCAUUCUUCAUGAGAUCCCACUUGCAAGAGAGGCACUCAUGCUUCGUAACAAGGUUCUCUUUGACUAUGGACAGGAAUCGCAGGAGUGGUGGAACGGCCAGCCAAUCAAUUUGCCUAAGAUUGUGACCAUCAACGAGGGCGACAAUGCGGACAAUGACUGGGAUGAUAUAAUUUAUGAGACCCAGCGACUGAUGGCCUUUUUGGAUUCUACAAAUCGGUCGUUCGGCAGCAGUGACGCCCUUGCCAGUCUUAGACAUCUCCACGACUACUCUUCCGAUUCAGAAGAGGCCAUCACGAGGUUUUUGGAAACCUGGCAUCGCGCAGCACUCCGAGCGGAACCUGACAAUCCAUUGUCAAUGAUCUUUCAGUCUAAGGCUUAUAAGCGCACACCGUUUGAUGAUCCAACAGAUGAGGAUGAUCCCAUCUCACGAGAGCUCUUUAUCUUCGAGCCCCAGGUCGAGCAGGAUCACGGCCAAACUCUAUACGAUGUUUUGGAUACUGCGAUCUGGAGCGAUAGGCCUGGAGAGAAUAUGGACGACGUUUGGCUUGAACAUCUGGGUGAGCUUCUCAUUAUGAAAUUGGACUCAUACGAGAGUGCCAAGUCAGUGGAUGUCAAGGCCCCGGCUGUAUUUUAUCCCGAUCGCUACAUGAGCAGCUGUCGAGAGCUUGCGCUGGAUUUCCGUACUAAACGACGUGCGGUUAUGGAGGAGAUACAAGAGCUAGAGAAGCUAAUGUCUCAAUUUACGGCUCCACGAACUGCCGUGGGCACGCUCACAGUGAAGGAGAUACUCGAGAAAGCCGCGCAGGCAGUGCCUGUAGUUCUCUCGGAGAAUUCGGCCCAGAGUGACGACUCAAUGACUCCCGAAGUGAAGGCCGAAAAGGCAUCGCGAAUCACGCGUGACUUGCAAGAAAUAGCCCAAAAGGUCGAGGCUAAAUUAAAAGACCUUGAAUCCAAGAAACAGAAAGCAUUGGAGACUAUGCGCGCCUAUUCCAAAACACUCACUGAACCCAGCGAAUCUCCCAGCGAGCCACCUACACACAAAUAUACUCUCCGUGGCGUCUGUACUGAGCCACAUGUCACUUAUGUCCUGAGAAGCGGUCGACCAAGCGAUCCCAAUGAUCUGAUGGAGUUAGAUAACCAGAGUGACGCCCAGGAUCAGUGGUGGCGCAUCAGCUAUUCCGCUGAGGAUGGCAAGACCCGCCAGGCCGAGAAACGAGAUGCCCAGGGUAACCAGUCGGCCUCCCAACAUGGCGAUGUCAUUGGCUAUACGGCACGCAAAGUGCGAGAGAUUGAAGUUCUCCACGCUGCACGCGAAGAAUGGAGAACGGUACUGCUGGUAUAUGCAAGUGAUAAUGCUAUGAAUGCGAAGGUUGAACCAGCACCAAGGCAACUUCAGGGAUUCGUGAGGAAAGACAAUGAGGCAUUCGCCACGGAAUGCGAAGAAAGCACUGCCAAUGCCCAGGAUGCCCAGAUGACUGAUUCUUCGGGGAAGAAUAAUAGCACAAGUACCCAGUACGCUUCGUCACGAGAGCGAGAGAAAGAGCAAGACAACAAAGACCAACCCAUCAACGUCUUUGACUACGAAGUUUCCGAUUUCGACAGUGAACGUGGAUCGGGGAAGGAGAAGAAGAUGCAGGAGAAGGAGAUGCAGGAAAAGCCGCGGGCCAGUCUUCUUGGCAACAGCGCCAACGCGAGCAAUCAAGCGAAGGUCUCUCAGGCGCUGGACGAUGACUCGGAGUGGAACGUGGACGAAGACGAGGAGAUGGUCGACCACGUGGAAACCGCGAAAUCUUAA